AGGUAGAUUGUGUUUGUACGCCGCAGCCUCGGUGGAUAAAGUCCGGGCUCUCCGCGGUGUCGAUAGGCUGGUUCCUUCUGGAUAUUCUGUCAAUCUCCAAGUCAAAGGGGGCGAGGUUAGUGUUGCUAGCAUAGCAGUCUGCGCAGCAGACACAAACCAGGAAGUCAACAAAGUUGUUAAUUAAUAUUCGUUUCUCUUAGAUUUUCCUACCUUAACCUUGAAACGACGGCAUGAGUUCUGCUGCCCCUCCGACUAUUGGGGAGUUAUUCCUCAUCCUCAGUGAGAUGGGUUUCACAGAGGAACAGAUCCAGGCAGCCGUACAGGCGGGGCAUUUUUCUGUGCCAGAUGCAGCCGAGUGGCUCUUGCAGGGUCAGUAUCCACGGCACAGGUUGGUCAAGCAGUCAUCACAGCCAGCUGAGACAGCAUUUUCUGCUUUCAACCCACCCAAAGAGGCAGCCAGCACUUCGGAGACACAAACAUCUCCUUCUGACAGCAGAGCAUCCCCUUCAUUGGUGCUGAGACCAUCACAGUCUUGCACCCUGUCCCCAGAACCACUACCAGUCGAGUCCCGCAUCAAACAGGACAAGAGUGACUUUGAAGAGCAGCAGAGACAGCGUGUUGCUCAGGAGGCCAGAGCAGAGAGAAGACAAAAGAAACAGGAGCGCGAGUUGGUGUUAAAGCGGAUAGCUGAGGAUCGGAGGAGCCUGCAGGAGAAGAUCCAGACAAGCGCCGCCACAGAGACGUCUCCUCCCAGUGUUCAAGGGCAGAAGCUCGGAGGAAACAUUCAGACUAAUUUGGAUAACAACUGUAUCCUCAUGAUUCGACUGCCAUCCGGUGAGUCCAUGCGUGAGCGCUUCCCAGCUGAUGCUCCUCUGCGCAGUGUCGUGGAGCACAUCACCGGACGUCACCCCUCCCUACCCUCCUUUUCCCUCCUCCAGGGUUUUCCACGGAAACGCUUUGGGGAGGCAGAGCUUGCUUGUUCGCUGCACUCUCUUGGCCUCACACCCAAUGCUGCACUGUGUAUUCAGACCACUCCUCCAGAGACACCUCAGGAUCCACCGAGUCCUGCAGAUCCACCAUCAAUGGGACAGAAUGAGCCGCCUCCAUGUGCUGUGUCUCCUCCUGUGCCACAUAUGCCUGUCCUGGAAGGGGCAGGAGGGCAGGGCCUUGUUCUGCCUCCUCCACUACCCAACCAGCUGUGGGAAGAGGCAGUGAAUUAUGCAGGGAUACCUGGAGUUGGCCCUUCACCAUCUGGUCUGUCUCACUUCUGGGGGCGAGGAAAUAGGUUGGUACCUGGUAAUGCUGAGGAAGCCGCUGGCAUAGAGGUUGAUGAGGAACAAGAAGGAGAGGAAGAACCACCUCACAUGCUUAAUGGAAUGCCGAGGCUGCCUUUCUUUCCGGAGAAUAGGUUCCGUGGAGAAUUUGAGCCCAGGCACCACUGGCCAGAGCAAGGCAAUCGACUCAGGGAGGCUCCAGAAGAGCACCCAGUAGAGCCUGAGGAUUUGGGAGGUCGGGUGGCACCUGGUGCUGCAGGUCUGGCUGCAGUGGAGCGUCUUCAAAGAGCUGCACAGCAAGAAGACCCCCCUGCCUCCCAGGGCCAACCAUCACCCCCUAAAAGACCCUUCAGGGCACCAAGCGUGUCGUCCCUAUGUGCCUUGGCCACACGGGCAACUGUCCACCUCAUGACUGCUCCCAGCAUGCAGUACAGCAGCAGUCUGGCAUGCCUCACCCCGGAGUUAGCAGAGCUUCUGCUCAACCACAUGUCCCGUGAGAGGCUUCUACGUCCACGCACCCUGGAGCUCUUCUUUGGCUGUCCAUUGCAGAAGUUUGUCCUCAACUGCUACGCUUACUCCACCAAUGAGCUCCUGCGGCAGUUACGGGCCUUCACAGCACUGAAGCAUCUGAGUCUGGUCAACUCACCUCUCAUCACAGACUCUGGGCUGUCAAUCCUGUCCAGCCUGGUCAAACUCCAGUACCUCAACCUGGCCUCCUGUAGCAAACUGACUGACUCCUGUCUGCAGCAUAUCACAGGUUUAAAGAGCCUCUGUUUCCUGUCCCUGGACCACACCAAAGUGACCGAUGCUGGGAUGGUGCUGUAUCUCAAUUCAGCUCCAUCCUGCCUCUCUCAGCUCAGCCUGAACCAGACGGCUGUGACUGAAGCCACACUAGUAGUCCUGCCCACCUGUGUGCCACAACUGCGGCUCCUCAGCAUCAAGCAGACUAAGGUCAGGGAUGUGUCAGCUUUGGCAGAGGUGUCCAGCCUGCAGACUCUGAACCUGGAUGGGACAAGUGUUACAGAAAGCUCUCUGGAGCACCUCGCCACCCACCCUGCCCUGUCUUCCCUCAGUUUGGCGGGAAUCCCUGUAGCGGAUGGGAAUCAAGCCCUGCAGAUCAUCUCAGGUCUAAAGUUGACUCAGCUGACCCUCCCUGGACGCCACUGUGUGACAGAUAGUGGGUUGUCAUUCCUCUCUAGACUGUCUCUGCUCUCAGAGCUGGACCUGACAGACUACACACAAGUCACAGACCAGGGAGUCAGCCAGCUCUCCGCCAUGGCCAGGUUGAAGAAGCUGUCACUUAGCAACACUCAGGUGACAGAUGCAGGGCUUCCCUCUCUGCGUGGCCUGCAGGAGCUGCAGGAGCUCUGUUUGGACCGAACAGCAGUCACCAGCCGAGGAGUGGCCGAGCUCAUCACCUGUCUGCCACACCUCCAGGUGUUGGGGUUAGCCAGCACUCAGGUGGGAGACACAGUAGUGAGGAGAGGUCUGAUCCGCUGCAAUCAGCUUGUUAAACUUAAUCUCAGCCGCACACGGAUCACAGACCACGGUCUAAAGUUCUUGAAACACAUGCAUCUGGCUCAGGUGAAUCUGGAUGGCACCGGUGUGAGUCUGAUGGGUAUCGCAAGCCUCCUCUCUUUCACCAACAUCAGCAGCAUUCGCGCCAGCAACACUCGCACCAUUUCCCCUGACGACGUCUCAGAUGAGGAGUGGGAAGCCCAGUGAGCAUCCAUAAUGUUGGUUGGUCCACACAUACUGUACCUGAGUGCACCUCUGACUGCUGUGGCCCCCUUUUAGCCCCUGAAACAUGCUGUCGCCAGGAUGAAAAAAACGGCAUAACUGAAACACUCCUAUUUGCACUGUUUGAACUGCAGCUAGUGCAGCCACUAAUCUGUCAAUCAAGCACGCACCCAAGUUAAAACCUUAAACGGGAGCCUUGUGUUUAAAAACUAGGCCAUUUAUAACGUUUACGUAUAUAUAAUUAAUCUGUAUUUACUUGUAUACACUGCAGCCUUUUGUCUCUGGAGAACUCCACCUGACAAACGUUACAGCUUUAAAGCUUUAUGUGCAGCCUUAUAGGUUGGAGCUAUCUGUGUUCCUCCUGGUUGGCACUUUUUGAGCCGACUGGCAGGAACAUGUUUAAUGUUGGAAAUGUAACUUAUAACACAGCCAGUAUUUUCAGGCUGUAAUGACUAACAGACUGAUAUAUGUAGAAAUGAAACGAAAACCUAAGUAACAAAUUUCAACCAAAUCUGGUUGAUGACAUUUUUUUGGAGGAUGUGAAGGCAGAUAAGGUAAUAAUUCUGUCACAAACUAAUACUGAAUCUUGAGCUGCAUUCAUGUCAUGUUGGAUAUAUUAGAAGAAUUAAUUGAGUUCAACCUCCUGAUUUUUAUUAGAAUUAAGCCCAAUAUUUAUUUUCUUUUUUAGCUUGAAUAUUUGGCACUAUUAAUUAUAGUGUUUGUACAUGUAGUAAACACUACUGCAGAUAUCAUCAGCUGUCCAAGAUGAUUAAAAAAAUAUUAAUUUCAAUUUGUUGUAAAACGGUUACAUCUGCUAAAGACAGGAGAUGUCAGCUCCUGUUCAUAAAAAUGAAAUUAAUGCCCAUGUUGCUUCUGUAUGGCAGGGUAUUGUUUCCACCAUGACAAAAUAUUUGAUCAGUUUCUCGUUUUAAUGAAAUGUUAUGACAAUUUCUCAUUACUACAGUACAUCCCAAAUUAUGUCUAGAUCCAUUAUGUUCCAUGAUUGAUCAAGGUAUGCAAUGAUUGUAUAUUUUUCUCGUUUUAACAUGGAAGUGUCUGGUUAUAACACACCAAUUUGUCAGAACAAGAAAUGUUUCUUAAUGAGGCAAGUUGGUUAACAAGAUUAAGAUAAGUAUAUUUUGGGAAGUUCUGUGAUAAAACAUAGAAAAUAUGGUACGUAGUAAUGAGAAUGUCAUAACAUGAGAUGGACCUUGUUAAAAUGAGAAUUUUGUUGUGAGGAACUGAAUUUUUUUUUUUUUUUUUUUAAGUAAAACGCGGCCAUACUUCUGCGUUAUGUUGACACUAUUCCAGUGUGACAUGAACACUGUAAGACCUCAUAAUGAAGAUUUUUUAACUUGUGAUGUCACCUAAACUCAAAUUCUGUUUUUAAAUGCAUUCUUUUUUUGGAGAUGGCUGUCGUAUUACCUUCUGUUAGCGUUAGUUAUGCCAAGAAAUGCCAAUAUUCUUUGGACGGCCCAGCUAUUUUCAGUUACAUGGAAGACAGGGUGAGCUGCGUACACAUGGUGUAGUGUGGUGGCUGUAAGAUGAGGUAGGAUCUAUGCAGCCAUGGGGGCUCACAAGCCUGAAUCCAAAGCAACUUCUUUAAAUCACUUCAAGUUUUGUGCUCUUGUUUACAGAGAUGUAAAAUAGUUUAUUUUCCCUAACAGCUUUUGAUUUUUGGAUACGAGCAUUGUAUUCAUUAAGUUUAGAAUGAACAAUAAAUAAAAGUCUUCUCAAUCUAAA